CAAGUCUGGUAGCCAGCAUCUAACUCCAACAUGCAGAUAUUUGCUUGUGUAGUGCCGUGAGAUUAUGGCACCAUGGCGCAUGUUAUUACAAACCUCUCCAGACUCUCCUCCCAUCCUGGGCGCUUUCCUCUAUUGGCUGCCUCCUUUCCACGCUGACAUCCAAAUCAUAUAAACCUGGGGGCCUCACACCUUCACUGGGGUCAAAUUUCUUGGGCAAAUCAGAGCAGCCUCUCCGGGAAACGGUCGCAAGAAAGACACACAAGAGGAUUCCAGCACUUCACCGAAAUUUGCUUUCUGGAAUUAUAAACUUUUUCACGGCCUGUUUCACCUCGGCUGAAGUUGCUUUCAGAAUGACGACGAUGUAAAAGUUGGUGGCUUCGUUUGGCUCGACUCGUUAAUGCAUUCAGGGGAAUACAUAUCUAAGUGUUGAAUGAGUUGUGCUGGCUGCAGAUCCCCGAGCAGAGACCGUUGUGGAGCAGCACCGGAGAGAGAUCGAGGGCGACGGAAAACACGACAACGACCCCAUUUGUUCCCCCGCUCGACAUGAACCUCAUCGGGGGCUACCAGCAUCACCACCACCUGAUGCACGAACCCUUCCCGUUCGUGCAGCGGUGUCAUCAAGAUGCGCCGUACUUCCAGAGCUGGGUGGUGAACCACGGCGAGAUGCCUCCGGACUUCCAGAUCCAGGCGCCCUACCCGGCCGUGGAGCACGGAGCGCCCGGAGCGACGCACGACGCCCGGUUGGAGGGGCUCCAGGCGGGGAUGGGGAAGAGGAGGACGUCGGGGCCAAAGAAAGAGCGAAGGCGGACGGAGAGCAUCAACACAGCUUUCGCCGAGCUGAGGGAGUGUAUCCCCAACGUCCCCGCGGACACAAAACUGUCUAAAAUUAAAACUUUACGCCUGGCGACCAGUUACAUCGCCUACCUGAUGGACGUCCUGGCCAAAGACACCGGAGAGACGGAGGGCUUUAAGGCUGAAAUUAAGAAAUUUGAAAACCGGGAUCUGAAAAGGAAGCGAGAGCCGACUGACGGCCUGCAGGAGUCUUUAGGAGCCGAGAAGAAGGUGAAGGGCCGGACCGGGUGGCCGCAGCAGGUCUGGGCUCUGGAGCUCAACCAGUGACCCUGCCUCCUCCUCCUCAUCCUCCUCCUUUUCUCCUUCCCCCUUUAAAAAAC